GGCCCAUCUGCAGACUCUCUGAAGUUAAGGAAUUCCAAGAUUUCUGGGGCAAGAAGAGCACACUGAGGAGGUUCCAGGAUGGUAGUUUCCAUGAGGCCAUUCUGUGGGCUGAUCCCAAGGUAGCGACUGGGCAACGGCGGCUCAUUCCAGGGGAUGUGGUCAGGCAGGUGCUCCAACUUCAUUACGGGAUUCCGAGGAAGAAAGUUCUGUAUGUAGCUGGUCAAAUGGAAAAUCUUUUGCACAUGCCUGAAAGUUCCAUGAAGCAAGAAUAUGGAACAGGGGAAGAAGCAACUACCCUAGCCAUCCAGGCCUUUGACCGCUUGGCACGUAAGUUGCGAUCGCUUGAGUUACCUUAA